GUCAGAUUCAGGGGAAGAGCUUCUCACACAAACGGCAAAAACACGGGCUUGUUUUGGUUGCAGGACAGAUGAAUCUCGUAUAUAUCUGAGUGGAAAUGCUCUCCUAAGUAAUAGAGAGUGCUGACAUUCCCCAGCUAUCACCUGACCACCCUGGACCCCUUCCCAUCAUCACCAUGGAGACUGCCAACAACUAUGUGCUGAUCCAUGGGAAGAAUAUAUCCCAUAAUUCCCUGGCUGGCUCUGCUGCGGUGCCCCACAUGUCCAUCGACAAGCUUUUCCCAGCUCUGCUUGAGUGCUUUGGCAUCAUAUUGUGUGGCUACAUAGCUGGCAGGGCGGAUAUCAUCACAGAGAGCCAGGCGAAGGGUUUGGGGAACUUUGUGUCUAAGUUUGCUCUUCCUGCUCUGCUCUUCAAAAACAUGGUGCUGCUGGACUUUGGAGAUGUCAUCUGGGCGUUUCUCUGGAGUGUCCUGGUCGCUAAGGUGACGGUGUUUGUGCUGGUAUGUGUGCUCACUCUGAUGGUGGCCAGUCCAGACAGCAGAUACAGCAAGGCUGGCCUGUACGCCAUCUUCGCUACGCAGAGCAAUGACUUCGCCUUAGGAUACCCUAUAGUUGAUGCUUUAUAUCGGAGCACAUAUCCAGAGUACCUCCAGUACAUCUAUCUUGUCGCUCCGGUCUCCCUCAUGCUCCUCAAUCCCAUCGGCUUCGCUUUUUGUGAGGUGCAGAAGUGGAGGCAGGCCAGCCAUUCACAGCACAGCACACUUGGCAUCCUGGGAGUCGUAGUCCUACAGGUGUUGAAGAACCCAGUCGUGUUCAUGGUGAUAGUGGGAAUCGUCGGCCACUUCGCCCUGGGCCAGCAGAUCCCUGCUGUGCUAUCAGAGUUCAUAGAUGGCCUGGCUAACUCUUUUGGAGGGGCGGCCUUGUUUUACCUCGGCCUCACGAUGGUCGGCCAGCUUAGAAAACUAACCAGAGAUACUGGAGUUGCCUUGAUUCUCCUCAUCACAGCCAAACUCCUGGUGAUGCCACUGGUCUGUAAAGACAUGGUGGAUAUUCUGGACGUGGGAGUGAACAGUACGAGUGCCAACCACACUAGUCUGUCUAACUUUGCUUUCCUAUAUGGAGUCUUCCCGACCGCACCUAGUGUGGCCAUCUAUGCUGGACACUACAACAUGGAGCUAGAGGUGGUGACAUCAGGGAUGGUAAUCAGCACGUUUCUGUCUGCACCCAUCAUGUACGUGUCGGCCUGGUUGUUAACUAUCCCUCUAAUGGACCCGACCCCCUUGGUGACUGAACUCGAAAAUGUCAGCUUUAACAUUAGCAUUGUCAGCCUUGUAGCGCUGGUGUGGACCAUAAUGGUGAUGUUGCUAAGCAGGAAAUUUAACAGACUUCCUCACCUCUUUGCCUUAAAUCUUUUCCUGGCUCAGUUUUUGGUGUGCGUCAGUAUGAUCCUGUGGAACUUCUUGGUGAAAAAAGAGGAUAAUCUCGUCGGCAAAAUUCUCACCUUCACUCUGCUCUAUGGCUCUCUGUACAGCACCUACAUUUGGACAGGUUUAAUCCCCCUCUGUCUGGCUCUGACUAACAGAGAUGAUCUGCUGAGGCUUCGUCCAGGAGUAUUCAUGAUUUUGGGUUGGGGGGUUCCCUUCCUGAUGGUUGGAGGUCUUCUGAUAUCAGGAGAGAGGACUGAUACCAUAGACUCUGCCUUCUUCUAUGGUCGAGCUCAGAUAAUCAGCACAGCAGUGGUGCUUGCAGUCAGCCUGGUGCUUGGUGCAAUAUCUCUGAUGGGUCUCAGCCAGGGAGACAGGGAGCAGAGAGGCUACCAGGCCCUGAGCAGAGCUGCUGUAACAGGCAUCAAUGAAGAGCCGAGGGCCCCUGGUGGCCAGGAGGAUCCACAGCAACAACAACAACAACAGCCACAGAUGGCAAAUUCACCUGCCUGCAGCAUCAAUUCAGACCUCCACAGUUUCUCUCCUCUCCAGACGUUACCUGACAUGAUAGCCAGCACACAGAGGGAGCACACAAACAGCACAGGCCACAUUGGGGCGCUGUUUGACGGGCAGCAGCAGGGUUCUUCCUCCUCUGAGCAGCCGCUGAAUCUGCCACCACCUGGGCCUCAAACCACUGAUGACAAGCAGACAGUCAGACACGUUCUGCUCUGUCUGUUGCUCUUUGUCAGUCUGCUAGCGAACCUGUCCAGCUGCUUGUGGUGGUUGUUCAACAAAGAUCCAGGAAGACUUUACCUUGAACUGCAGUUCUUCUGUGCGAUAGCAAACUAUGGCCAGGGGUUCCUCUCAUUUGGGAUCUUUGGUCUGGACAGACACCUCAUCAUCCUGCCUUUUAAAAAGAGGCUGCUCGGGCUGUGGCAGGGCAGGGACAGCGAAGAUCUGAGUCCCUCAGGUGUACCAGAGGAGGUCAGGCUCACCUGUACCCAGUUUGUCCGCUACCACAAAGACCAGUGUGUGCAAGACAUAGUGCACACACGCAGGUUUGGAGGAGGAGGAGGACUAGAGGAGGAGGCUUCGAGACAUUCCCCCUCCCAUCAGCCCCAGCACCUGCACCCACAUCAGAAUACUCAGAUGCAACUUACACACGAGGAGCAGAAUCUGCACCAGAUUCACCGAAGUCACGAUCCAGCUGAGUCCUGCGGCCAGUGUUCGCCUCCAUCCCGACCCUGGCUUGAGCCUGAGAAUGAACACCAAUCACAUGCAUCCGACUCUGAUAUCCCAGAGGAGCAAAAUUCCCAGAUUCAAUCUAACCAAGCUAAUCCCCACCACCUACACCAGCAUGAUCUUCCUUCAAGCCCACCCCCUCCCCAUCAUCAUCCCCAGCCCCAUUUCGAAAGUGUGUUUCGGGGCAGUGACUUGGUGGACUGGCUGGUUGAGCGGGGCCUGUGCGCCGGGCGAGCCGAGGCCCAACUGUACGCCGUUCGACUUCAGCUGGGAGGAGUGCUAGACCACCUGACAGGUUGGCACAGCUUCAGGGAUGAACCCACCCUGCUGUACCACUUCACAUAGGGGAGAGAGAGGGAGAGAUGGGAGGGAUGGUCCUGGAACAUGUGAGGAGAAAGGAGGUGGAGGCUGAAGUAGAAAGGCAGAGGGGAAGGGGAGUAAGAUGAGACAACAGGAGGUACCGAGCGGCAACCACCAGGGCUGAGAGCCAAAGCAGAAGUGCCUUAUGGUGCAGUUUUUUCCAACACACACUAGAUGCUGGCUCUGGAAAGGCUCAUCGUAUUGAAGUCAAUGAAACAGACCCACAACUUCUCUAUAGAAUUUAGCUCCUCCAUUACUAGUUUCACCUCCUGCAACACGUGUGUCUGCGGCAGUUUUGACACAUUUGUUCCAAGCUGAUGUUAAGUGGUAUAUUUGAAGGAGUGUUUGCUUUGAUUGACAGGCUUCUUAGGCUCUUCAUGGUGGUUGCUGCUUGUUUGUCCACUCAGGACUCAGGAGAAGUUCCUUGAAAUAUUUCCAGAGCUAUUAUGAAAAAACAGUGACACAAGAAAAGUAGUGGUUGGGAUCGUGGAGUCCGUUAAGAAAGAAGAAGCAACGCUCCCUGCUGGUACUUCGUCUCUCCUGACUCUGGACCAAGUCUUCUUCACUUUUUAUAAACAUUUUGGUUCAUAUCUUUUCACCACUCUAAACUGAGCUGGCUUUGAUCAUAGCUUUUUGAUUUUAGUCACAUUCAGAUGUGAACAAGAUAGAAUCGCUCUCCUCAGUGUGACAGAAAAGUGGGUUUUCAUUUUCUUCUGGAGGUCUGUGAGCCAAUGAAUUCACAUUUUCAAUGUGUGAAAGACGAAUAAGCUUUGAUUUAAGGACAUUCAUCAGCCUGUCGUCCACAAAUAUAUUUAUGUGACAUUUGCGUGCAAGUGGUCAGAAGACAGAGCAGUAAACUGAUAGUACUGUACGUUUGCUCUUUGCCAGUGAGCUGCAGGGCUGCUCGCUGAAAGCCAAUGGCGUUCUUGCCUGCUCGUUUUAUGUCGUCAUGUUUUUUUCAGAUGCAAGAAUCUGCCUGUCACUUCAGUAUCUGGUAUUUUGCACGCUGUGUCUUUUAACCGCUCUGGUCUACGUUGACUACUUGCAUGACUCGGAGCAGCACAGACUCCUGCUCAGCACUGAACCUUUUGCACUGACUGAAUAAUGACAUUCUUCACGGUUUUAAAUUAUGCAACUCACUGGAUACUUGUCUUGUGACGAUGCUGCGGAGGAUGUUUGUUAUCUUUGCCUUGUGUAAUUGUGUCGCCGCUGUCAAUUUGAAACAUUUGUUUGGGACUGAUUGUGGUCAUGUCACUAAAUGCAGUGUCAGAAUUCAGCCCAGGCCAGACCUCAACUGAAAUUACUCCUUAGUUAGUUUUUCUGGGUGACUGAUCCCAAGUAAAUGCCUAAAAAUAUUCUUUUUGAAACCUCAAGAACUCAAAAAUGUGUAGUUGAGUGAGAAAUUUGUGGAAUUCACCAGAACCCUUCAUCUAAAACACCAUUAGAGUUCUUCAUCUGACAGAUACAGUCACGACUACAGUCCUGAACUAUCCUGCUGUAUGUUGUAGACAAAACUGACAUCAGGCUGUAAGUUAUAACCACUACUGAACUGUUUACAGACUGUUUGGCUCCCAGUGAGCGACUGGCAGCACUAACUACACUACACAUACUGUUUGCCUGCUAAGUGCUGCUGAUUUGUAGAUAUUGUUACGAUGAAGUUUACAGUGUGUAGGCAGGACUGCAGAAGAUGGCUUGAUGGUGAUAUAUGCCCAUGUGAGCGGAGAUAAAGACCACACUAAUGUCAAAAACUGCUAGUUGUGAGACCUGAGGAUGGCGAGGUUGACCCAGAGUGACCCCUGACCUUUCACCUGCAGCGUUAAUUACAAAGAAAGUAUGCUCUUCUGGAUCUUCUUCCCUUCUCUUCUUCACAGACCUCCCAGAAACUACCCAUGUGCAUAUAUGUCUGUCUGCAUGUCUUCUGCUGUCUGACACAAUCAUUUAGAGGGAAACUUUUUUCAACCUGGACCCCUCUUCUCCCAUGUUUUUCUGUCUAACUGACUAAUUGGUAACCUGAUGCACCAGAUGGUUCGUGGACACUGUUUGGAAAAGGGCAGGCACUUAAAAAAAAAAAAAAAUACUUGGCAGGUGAUUGGAUGAGCCAUCUGUCUAUCAUGGCCUAACUUCAACCAAUCAGAUGACCCAAUUAUAAGACUUAGUAGGAGAGCGAAACUCUUUGCAAAAGCCAGUCAGGAGAAGAAGGAAAACAUGUUUCCAUCGAGAAAAACCUUCAGUGCCGUUCUUUGCUCUUCUGUUAAUGAAAAUACUCUCCAGUUUUGAUGUAACUGAUGCUGUAGCAGCAUCUACUACAACCUCUUUAGGAGCCGACAUUGUUUUCAAACGAACAGUCGCUUCUCCCGCUGUCAUCUCACCUAAACCACGGCCAUAACUGCCAGUAGUUCCUCACAGGACGCUGACUCGAAUGAACCACUUUGAUUCAGCCACAAAUGCAUAACUUCAAGCCUGGCAAGAUGGAUUCUUGGCCCACGUGAUCUUUAGUGAUCUCGCAAAUCUAGCUGGCUCGCAAGGUGAACUAAUGGGUCCGCCAUUUUUUUUAAGUGGGCCAGUAUUUAGGGAGAACAUUGCAUCAAAGAGAAAUCUCAUUCCAAAGUCUCGCGAGAGUUGAGUUGUUGCUGGAAGACAUCAAUGGAGACUUAAGUGAGAGUUGCAGAGAGCCGGAAACCCUUAGUCCUUAAUAUUGAGCUCAUUUCGACAAACAAGCAACAAGUCAACUGAAGCAAGACCUCAGAGGGAGACUGCUCCUUGAGCGAGACUUGGUUAGACAGCAGAUCGGAUCAAAAUUGGGUCCAGAUUGAAAAAUACUGACAUUUCCUUUUAAGUUCAUGCAAUUCACAUCAGAUCCUUGUGUUUACGGAGCUGUUUAAUAAGUUGAGGGCCUGCCUUUGCUAGUGUGUAGGUGUGUGUGUGUAUGUGUGUGUUUGUGUGCAUGAAAAAAACGUCUGAGUUUCUGUGUGAUGUGUGUGUGUGUAAGUGUAGGAAAGCACUGAGAGAGAACAAGAGAUUUUAAUGGAAAGUGUAACUGUGUGUUGUUGGUAGACGGGAUCAGUGUAACUGUGGAUGUUCUGUUUCAAGUGUGUUGCAGUAAAUCAAUCAGGGUCAACGACUGUGACCAACAGAAAGGCACAAAUAAACUGUUUGCAUCCAAA